AUGAUCGCUCAAACCGCAACCCGCGCGAAAAUGGCCACCACCGUUGCCCGCCGCGGCUUCCACUCCUCCCGCCCGCAGAUGUCCAGUCCUUUCCAUUACCCAGAGGGCCCUCGCUCCAAUCUCCCCUUCAAUCCUUUGACGAAGUAUUUCUUCUGGAGAUACUGGGGCUUUAUGGCUGUUGGUUUCGGCGCUCCCUUCGCCAUUGCUGUCUGGCAAACUAAGAAAACCAAGUAA